CAUUGUAUCGCCGAACCCAAUUAGCAUAGGAACAUCGCUCUCUGCUACUUUGCGCUACGACUAAUACUCGCCUUACUAUCCUGUUCAGCUUCACUCUGGUACCUGGCAAUGGCUGGCAGCAUCAUCGAAGAGAAGGCUACUGUCCAGGAGAUGACGCCCGACGUUGUCUCGGACAGCAAGCCUGGCACGUUUGACCAUAUCAAGGAGUUCUUCACCGAGAAGCCCAAUUUCCAUCUGGCGCGGCAGAAUCCGCUGGAGCUGAUGAAGCUGACACCGCGCCAGGCGUUCACGUUCUCGGUCGCGUUCCUGGGGUGGAUGGUUGAUGCUAUCGACUUUUUCUGCGUAUCCAUGACUACCACCGAGCUGGCUGCUUCGUUUGACUGUGAGGUCUCGGACGUCACUAGUGCGAUCACCACUACUCUGAUGCUUCGCCCGAUCGGCGCCUUGAUUUUCGGCGUCAUCGCGGAUCGCUACGGCCGCCGGAUCCCGCUCAUGGCAAACCUGUUCCUGUUCACCGUUAUUGAGCUGGCAUCAGGCUUCUCCAAGAACCUGUCGACGUUUAUCGGACUUCGCGCGGUCUACGGUAUCCUGAUGGGCGGCGAAUGGGGACUGGGUAAUUCGCUGGCGAUGGAGACGCUGCCGGUCGCGUCGCGCGGAAUCUUCUCUGGCAUCCUGCAAGAAGGGUAUGCGGUUGGGAAUCUGAUUGCCGCGCUGCUUUACUAUGCGGUUGUGCCGAACCUGGGAUGGCGCGCGCUGUACUGGAUCUCAAUCAUCCCGGCUGUCGUUACCAUUGGACUGGCGUACUUCCUCAAGGAAACUGACGUAUGGCUGGCUAACCGUGCCACCCAGCGUGGCAAGUCCAAGCGCAUGUACCAGACGGCAAUUGACAUGCUCAAGAAGCACUGGCUGCGCUGCAUCUAUUCUAUCAUCCUGAUGGCUGGUAUGAACUUUAUGUCGCACGGCUCACAGGAUCUAUACCCGACCUUCUUGAAAAAGCAGCAUGGCUACACGCCCAGACAGGCUACCAUUGGCACGGUCGUUGGUAAUCUGGGCGCUAUUGUCGGUGGAAUCAUCUUUGGGUACAAUUCAGAGUACUUUGGCCGUCGCCGCACCAUUGCGUUCUGCUGCAUCUGCGGCGCCUGCUUCAUCCCGCUAUGGAUCCUGCCCCAGAGAUAUGGCCCGCUGCUUGCCGGUGCAUUCUUUAUGCAGGUGUUUGUCCAAGGCGCCUGGGGCGUCAUUCCGGUGUACCUCAGCGAGAUUUCGCCUGCUGCAUUCCGCUCCACUUUCCCUGGCCUGUCAUACCAGCUCGGUAACCUGAUCUCGGCCAGUGCCAGCCAGAUCGAAGCCAAGCUCGGUGAGAAAAACCCGCUGCCUGAGCUGCGCGACGGCAAGCGCAUCCCAGACUAUGGCCGCACCCAAGGGACUCUCAUAGGAAUCAUCUUUGCGAUCGUGUUUAUCCUCGUCAUCAUCGGCCGUGAGGAGCGCGGCAAGGUCUUCCAGAAGGCCGAUCGGGAGGAGCUCGAUGGCAGCCCUGACGUCGAGAAGGGCGAGUUUACCGAGACCAGGGCAUAAGCUGCAGACUACGUAUUUACCACACUUCUAAUAUAUCUCGCGACAUAUCAAUGCACCACGUCGUGUGCGUUGGCCGCAGUUAGCGGAGGCAGGGCUGCAUGUGGCUAGCACCUAUGUCCAGUCAUCCGUCAUUAUCGGUCAGGACCGAGCCGCCCGCCCAAUGAGUUGCGGCUCGCCAAUCAGCUCAGGCGGAUCGUCUGCUCAGUCGCUUGGUUUAGCCGGUGCUGGCGUCGUGGGUGGUUACGCCAGCGGCGACGGGGCAACCUGACCCGUCUUUUUGCUUGCUGAAAUUUGGUUUGUAGAAUAUCCUUCCAUUUCUUCUCCGAUUGCGA